GAAAUGAAAAUAGUAAAGAAACAAUAAUUUCGGCAAAUCUUUAUUAUUAUAAUAUGAUUAUUUUUAUAUGUGUUUGUAUAGUUGUGAGUUCAGAGAUUACUUUCGUUAUCGGUAUCCUCGGAGGUCGUGACGUGACAAUAGACCGUGUCCCGCACCACGUCAGCUAUGGUGAUAUCUGCGGGGGAGUGCUUGUUCAUAGAAAAUGGGCCCUAACAGUCGCUCAUUGUGGCACAGAUAAAGAUUACAUAAGAGUGGGGAGUAGAUACCGUUUAAAGGGUGUUCAGAUUAAAAUUAAGAAACAUCUGAUACACCCUCUAUAUCAAAAGGAGCACAGUUUCGAUUUCGAUGUACAGUUGCUGGGAUUGUUCCGGGGUUUGAAUUUUGGGAAAACUAUCAAAGAUAUUGAAAUCAGUGAUGGAGGAUGCGACAAAUAUAUUGAUAUGUCUGGUUGGGGAUAUGGUGAGGAGAGGGGAGACUACAAUCAUAUAUUGCAACAAGUAAGAAUCAAGUUGGUGGUAUUCGAGUUAUGUCAGAUGGUUGAUCAGCCCUGGUACAACGGAACGCUGACCGGGAGAAUGUUCUGCGCGGGGGGAGGGAGGGGCGGAGGGCCAGACGGAGGGGGUGACGCUUGUCAGGGUGACAGCGGCGGUGGUGCGGUGUCUAACAACCGUUUGGUUGGUCUCUCGUCGUUCGGGUACGGUUGCGGGCGCGGUGUACCCGGGGUCUACGUCAACGUGUCCAAUCCUGGUAUUAUAUCAUGGAUCAGACAAUACACCGUACGCGUGCGGGUGCCGAGUCCAUCGCGUCGCAGGGAGAGGAGCUUCAACAGUGCCUGGGACUUGCGACCCAGGUGUAGGUUUAAGGGGCCCCUAACUAACGCGCGUUAAACGCUCACCUCCACUGUCCAAGCUCCU